CAAAAGUACUGAGAGACCACUUGGUCUUCAAGAUUGCUCCCAUGCUCAAUCCUGAUGGAGUUUACCUAGGAAAUUACAGCUCAAAUGAAUGUUUACAAGAACCUGCAACAGAAGCAAACCAUCUCCCUAAUCACUUCAUAUGCACUACCAGAUCACUGCACUCCCUGUGGCUAAAAGGUGCUCCCUGAUGGGGUUUGAUCUGAACCGGCACUGGGCAAAUCCCUCUCCGUGGGCUCAUCCCACCCUGCACGGAGUGAAGGAGCUCAUCAUCGACAUGUACAACAACCCGAAGAUUAACCUGGAGUUCUAUAUCGACAUCCAUGCCCACUCCACCAUGAUGAAUGGCUUCAUGUAUGGGAACAUCUUUGAAGAUGAGGAAAGAUUUCAGCGACAGGCUGUUUUUCCCAAGCUACUCUGUCAGAAUGCUGAAGACUUCUCUUAUUCCAGCACGUCGUUCAACAGGGAUGCUGUGAAAGCUGGGACAGGCCGGCGCUUCCUUGGCGGGCUCCUAAAUGACACAUCCUACUGCUACACUCUGGAGGUCUCCUUCUACAGCUACAUUUUGGGUGGAACUGCUUCUGCUGUGCCCUACACCGAGGAAGCCUUGCUAGUCCUGCUACCUACAUACUUUCCUUGCCUAUUUCUGCUACUACACUGCAGAAUCCAAGACUUGGGAGGAACAGCCUGUGCUUGGCAGCAUUCCACCAUAUUCCCUGAUCCCCACCUCCUUCCUUGGGAUCACCAGGGACUUGCCUGCAUUGAUGCAGUGGGAGAUCCCCAAUGCAAUCAGAAAGCCUCACUGAGUCCAGGAGGGGGUGUGCUUACAAGCCACCAUAAUCCAGAGGAAGCCUGGAGUGUUCCAGUUAUUACAGCAGCACUUGAUGUGUCUGUGUCUGCUGCUCUCCGUGGAUAGAAGGAUUGCUCAUGUCAAAGCUAUUGACUAUGCCCUGUCUGACAGUGGAAGCUGCAGCUGAAGAGGGAAAAUGCAGCACACAACAGAUUACUGAUGCCUGGUUGUGAUUUAUACAACUCAUGAGCUUCCAGCAAUUUAGAGAUGAGAAAUGGUUUAUCCACACUUUGGUGUGUCGAAACACUCUUUGUACCAUUUAUCUUGAAACUGAUUUUGUUUGGGUGGUAGUAAAUGUUAUGCCCAAAGCGGUGGGUGGAAUGUCUAAUGGGAACUUCCAGACCUGGAACAACAGGGAAUGUCAUGUUUCUGAGCUGAGAUGUGAGGGACUGAGAGGCUCUCCAAAGAGUUCAGCUUAUGCUUUUCCAGUGUAUUUUGGGGGGGGUUAAUUACAAUUGGAGAGUAUUGUAUUGUUCUUGCAUUUCCAACCAAGCUGAAAACAACUGUUAAGGCUUUGCUUUUCGUGUGUUUUCUCCUGUGCAUUUGAGAACAUUCCUCAGUGAUAGAAGAAGGUUGGGUUUUCACUUGGAAAUUUCUUCCCCUGUCCUCAUCCCUUCUCAGUACAUCAGAGAGAAUCAGCUCUGUAAUUUUCAUUGACUGUGUAAAGAGCUGAGGUCAGCUAAUCCACAAGGGCUCCUUCCCAGAGCUGGCAAGUAACCAGAAUUAAACAAUAGCAAAGAUCAGAAAUGUUAAAAUCACAAAAGAGACUCGUCCUAUGUUUUCCUGCUACUCUUAUUAAAGAUCCAUCAGACAUUAAUGUGAGAUCAGUAAAUUCAGGCCCAAAUUAAUUUUGGGACAGUUUGAUAGAAGCUGUUACAAUCAGGUUUUAAAUGCAUAAUUUUAACAGUAUACCGAUU